AUGGGACAAUCACAAGGUUCCCUCCCACCAGAGUUUGAACAAUCACUCGGAAGAGUGUUACAUUUUGAUGAUCAAUUGUUGAUGGAAACAUGUCCUAAUGUUGAACAACAAUUUGAUAUUUUACAUGAUAUUGUACUCUCGUUAUAUGAUCAUUCGCAAUUUAAACAUUUUAUACAAACACGAAUAGAUGCUCUAGUAUUAAAACAUUUAGGAAGAAUUUUGUGUUUUCUUGUUAAUAUUCACAAAGAAUUAAUGGAACAAGAACAACAAAUUUUAUACAAGAAACAAACAAGUUUAACUUUAGAAAUUGAAAAAGUUAUUAUAUGUAUAUAUGAAAUGGCAGUACAUUUUCUAUCAAAUCCAUUCUUGUAUCAAUCAUUAGCACUUAAUUUAUUACAAGGAGAAAAGAAUUCUCAAGAAAAGGAACAAGUGUAUAGUUAUUAUAUCGAUCCUGGAUUUUAUUUCCUUUCUAAAGCAAAUAUUAUAGAACAAGUUUUAAGAUUUUUGAAGGAAUUAACAAUUGGAGGACCAAGUAGACACUUGUUUUUAGAACCACAAACACCAACAACUGAUGUAAAUGGACAACAAGAUCAAAAAAUUACAGAACAACGAAAACAAGAUUUUAUUGGAUCUAUUAUGGAAAUUCAACAACAAUUUGCUUUAAAAUCUAGAGGGUGA